AGGCGAAGAGCCGGUCAUUCUAGCUAGAGUCAAUUGUUUAAAACGCGCAUUAACAGUUUCGUAUAAGCCAAGAAAAGACAUUUUUAGUACCAAUCAGCGCAAAAAUGCUGAGGCGAGCGUUUUUGUUUUGUGUAUUGUUAGUUCUGAGUGCUCAGGCCGAUCUGUUCAACGACUUGAGUUUGUUUGGAGGGGCCCCUUUGUUUCAAAUAUCCGAAUGGGAUCGUCCGAACUUCAAUGCAAGGAAUGCAGCUGGCACAUCUGAGUCUUUGGAAAAAGAUCGCGAACCUUUGGGACCUGACUACAAAGACCCCAAUCCUGCCGGCACCGAAGACAAACCGGUAGUGGCAGCUCCUCCUCAAGAGAAGGACAAACCAGUCCUGAUCCCUAAGAAGGAGAACCAAGGCCCAAAGCAGCCAGCUAACAUUCCAGCGGUUGGUAUGGGAGGAGGAAUUGUUGACAUUAAUGCUAAUCCAGGAGGUUUCCCAUCGUUCGCAAGUCCUUUUGGACCGGACUUUGAAUUUCCGCCCUUGCCUUUGCCUAGCUUAGAACGACCUGCCGGUUCAUUUGGAAUCGGUGGAUUGUUUGGAAUUGAUGAAGGAAGCAAAUGGUGGAAAGGAAAAAACGUUUGUAUUGAACGCGAAGAAAGUACCGACGAUGACACGGAUGAUGGUAAAAAAGAUGAGGACGGCAAAAACAAAACAGAAAGCAGUGAAGAACCGAAUUUCUUUGCUACGUCUAUUCGACUCUCCAAUUGUUUCGAGACUGAAAACAAAUACGAAUGUGUUACCAGGAUUAACAACCAUGGCGUAGUGAAAACCUUCACGGUCCGCUACAAGUGCUGUUACGGGUUCAAGAGAACGUCCGACGGAUGUACUAAACAGGUUGACCUCAAACCCGUCCUUCAAACCCUGGAUGAUUUGAAAUUGGAUGAAUUCCGAGGACUGAUUAAAUCAAGCGGAUUGGAUGGCAACUUUGAAGCCAGCAACUUUACCAUCUUCGUACCGAGCGAUAUUGCUAUUCAUGAAUACAAUGAGAGACUCAAUGAUAUGAAUCGAGUAGACCCAGCUAGACGACGAAGGGCAUUAAAUGCACUUUCCUCCAAAGACCUUGUUUUAAGUCACACAGUUGAUGGGUUUGUGGAACUAGCUGAUCUUGAAAAUGAAGCGACUUUAGAAAGUGAGGAUAAUAAGAAGUCAACAAUUCGCAUAAACGUCUACCCAACACAUUCUUAUGAAAAAAUGUUGACUGCUAACUGUGCCCGAUUGAGGAAGGGCAACAUCUUGGCUGAAAAUGGAAUUAUCCAUAUUGUGGAUCGCGUGAUUACACCAGCUUCAGAACGCAUAGAAGAAAUCGUGAAGAAUAAUCCGAAACUUACAAGUUUAGCUAAAGCUCUGGAAAAUAGCGACAUACUCAAACAUCUGAAAGCUGAUGGACAUUACACCAUCUUUGCCCCAACUGAUGAAGCGUUUAGUAAGCUGGACGAAACCCAAAGACAGAAGCUGCUCAAUGGAGGAAGUUGUGCAUCGAAUAUAUUAAAACACCACAUUGUGGCUCACACCGUUUGUUCUUCGGCUAUAAUUGGAAACGCCACCACUCAUAACGUGGACGGAGUUGUUCUCAACAUGGAAAGAACCGUGGAUGAUGAACUCACUUUUGAGGGCAAAGCGAAAAUAACUCAAGCAGACCUUAUUGGAACCAAUGGAGUUAUCCAUUUGAUUGACUCGUUAGUUAUUCCUGAAUCAGGCCAAUACAUUGGAAAUGUGAUCAAGACCCACAACUACACCAAAUUCCAAGAACUGGUGGAAAAAGCUGGCCUAACUGAAGAGCUGAAUAACUUCGACAAUGCCACAGUUUUCAUACCAUCCGAUCAAGCAUUUGAAAAUCCUGAAACUAUUAAGCUUUUGGAAGGAAUUGGCAAUGAUCAGUCGAAACUACAACAGUUGGUCAGAUACCAUGUUAUUGAUGGAGAAGUUGAAUCUACUGAUAUGUCGAAUGAUAUGAAAAUUCCCACUAAAGAUGCCGGAAAAGAGUUGCGAGUUAAUUUAUAUUCAACCUUACCUCUAUUUACCAACGUAAUUAACAGGGCCACUAUUAACUGCGCCCGACUCACAGGGUUUGAUGAGAAAGUUUGCGGCUCAAUUGUCCAUGAAGUAAACAGAGUAUUAGCGCCUCCAACCAAAAAUAUUCUUGAAAUUAUCCAGGAUAAUGAGAAGUACUCAACGUUACGGGAACUUCUUAAUGGAACAGAGGUUGAGAAAGUUUUGCAGCAAAAUAACAGAUCGAUCACUUUCCUAGCCCCCACAGAUGAAACCUUCGCCUUAUUAGAAGACAAAGAUCUUAAAAUGCUGAAAGAAAAUAAAGAGAAAGCGGAAGAAGUCCUGAGGAACCAUGUACUGACUGAGGUUCUUUGUUGUGCUGGUGUAGGACCGCAUACCUGGGGAUUCAACAGUUAUGUGCCCACAAUGGGUAAUCAGCGUGUUGAAGUUGGAAGAACUGGUAAUCAAAUCCAUGUAAAUAGAGCUGUUGUCACAAGCUGCGAUACUGUAGCUGUAAAUGGGGUCCUUCAUACCAUUAACAAAGUAUUAGCCCCGAAAAAAGCUCCGGUGACUUCUGUAGGAGGCGGUUUUUUCUUUUUUGAUUUGUAGAUAAUUAUUAGCUUAUUCAAUAAGGAGCUUGGAUCAAGUUAAACUACAACAGGUCAAUGUUGCCGGUAUUAGUAGUUGGUGUAUUCAUUUAUUUUGAAUUAUUUAUAGAUGAUAAAUUGUUAAAGCAGUGAAGGUUUGAUUAUGCAAAUAACACUGAAAAUCUAUUUGGAAAAAUUGCUCCAAACGAUUAAAGAUUAAAUUAUGUUUAUACUAACAAGGCAAAUAACUACAAAUAACAAAGGUAUCUUUUAUAUAGGUAUUUAUGUAUGAUUGAGCAGUGAUCAGUUUUAAAGUUCCAUUUUUUUAAAUAUAACGUAAAUAUAUCAUAAGUGAUAAAAUUAUAUUAGUAAUAUUAGCCAUUAUUAUUUAUUUGUUUAUAGCGUUUAGAUACUCUUAAGUUUUUAGAUUUGUAUCGAAUACAUACUUACACACUUU